AUGCUCGCGGCGAGAGUGCGUCCAUGGACCCGGUCGCUAUGGACAUCGGUCCGUGCUCCUGCCUCGAGUCAGCUGCAGUCGCUUCGUGCUGGCCUAGAAGCACGAGAUCUCGAGCAAGUAUGGGAGGCGUGGGACACUCUUCGCGCACGGCAGGAGCUGCCGCACAUGCGCCGACAUGACCAUGCAGAUGUACUUGCGCUCGUGCGUGCCAACAUGGCCAUGCUCUCUCAGCUGCAUGCACGCCAGUCCGCCUGGAAAGAACGGUGCAUGGCUUGGGGGCGAUACACCGCGGAGCGUAUGGAUAUUCUGGGGGUGCAAGGAUGGAUGAAAGUAGAGCUGCUUAGUGGGGAUGCGCCGGCAGCGAUUCAGUUGUUUGACGCGUAUGUCCAGGCACGACGCCAUGCUCGUGCGCGCGAGGCGGACGAGGCGUUAUGGCUCGAUGCAGGCGCACAUCGACCGCAGCAUGUGCACGACUUGCUGGAGCUGCUCGUGCUGUGUUACGCGACGAUCAACGACUUGCGUGGGCUCGUGCAUACGAUGCAGUCGUUUGAUGUUGGCUCGCAUACAGAGCUCUUUUUCGAUCUGGCACAUGCACGGCGUCAAUAUACCAAAUUUCCAUGGCCACGGGAGCAGGCGGAAGCCGCUGAGAUUUCGCAGCGUGCGUUGGCAUGGAUCUCGCACGCGGAACUAGCGCGUGGCUUGCUAGGCGGCACAGGCGGGCAUGCCGGCGCCAACCGACUCGCGCGUUUGCUAGGGAGUCUUUUUGCCAAGGGCGAUGUGCCCAAUGCCUGGCGUCUAAUUCAAGCGGCGAUGGACGCAGGGGUUCGGCCCAGCGCCACAGCUACGUCGCAGCCGGCAUGGCUUACGCAGCACCCCAGUGCCUCGCCUGCGAAGCUGGGUGCAUGGACCGACAGUACAUGGGCCGUAUGUUUAUCUGGGCUGCUCGGCGCGAAUCGUAUGGAUUGGGCGGCGCAGGUGUGGGACGUGAUUGCGCACGUCCAAGCGACGAUGCCGGCCGAUGCCAUGUGGCCUUCCUGGGCCGUAUGGAAUGCCGUGCUGGAUGGCCACUCGCGCCAAGGGUUCCCACAAGCUGUGCAUGCCACCUGGCGUGUACUGACACACGCCGCGCCGGAGUGUGAUAUGCCUUUGGCGCGCGCCGCGACGGCCUUGGUCCAUCGGCCCUCGAGUGCGCAACCUGACUUGAUUUGCUACACGACCAUGAUUAUGGCGUUGUUCCGCUUGCGGCAGGGGCGGGAAGCGCUAGCGCUGCUGGCGGCGUUGCAGGCACGCAACGACGUGACGAUCCCUGUCGAGACGUACAAUGCUGUGCUGCAUGGGCUGUGCAUGAGCAACGAUAUGCCGCAGGCGAUGCACCUUCUCGCGCAUAUGGGCCGUGGCUCGGUGCCUGCGCCGACAAUUACGACGAUGAACAUUGUGCUGCGUGCGUGUGCGCGCCGUAAAGAUAUGAAGAGCAUGGCGCAACUUCUUCGCGAGAUUGCGAAGCGGUCCUUGACUCCCGAUGUUGUCACCUUUACUACGGUCCUGGAUGCGAUGCUACGUGCGUUCCCUGCGCCGGGGCAAGGCGAAAAGUGCGUCGAGCAGGUGAUGCAGAUUAUGCAGUCCCUGCACGUGGAGCCGAAUUCCGUGACUUUUACGUCGAUGAUCAAGGCAUGCCUUCCAACGACACGCGAGGCGCCGCCGCGCCUUGCUAUGGCGCUGCAACUGCUCCAUACCAUGUGCACGACGCCGAAACUCACACCGACGCCGAUCACGUUUGAGACGGUGGUCGUGGGGUUGUGGCAGCAUCGGCCUGUGGUGGACGCCAUGCCGUUGUCGGACGUACCAUCGUCGCUACGAAACGCUAUGCCCGACGACGAUGAUGCCAUGUCGCCCACGCUGCGUCUGUUGUAUGCGCUGUGGGAUACCCUCUCUACGCCUGCCAUGGUGCCUACCAGUACGACCUAUAUGACAAUGGCCCGUGCCUUGCUCGGCACGCCUGCGAGCCACGCGGGGUUCCGACGUGGCGUCUGCAUAGCCGACGAGAUGCUUCAGGCGCAUGGCACUAUGGCCAAGAGCGUCGGGAUGCCUGCCGAGCAGGUCCGCGAUAGGGCGCCGCCGCCGAUCCCCGCGAGCUGGACAGCGACGCUCAAUGCGCUGCUGCACGCGCAUACACAAGCCGCAGAUCGUGGUAUGGUCAGGCGUGUGCUCUCAACGGUGUUGCAUCACUUCCACCAAAGUCCGCAUGGCGAAAAGGCUCUGCUGCCCACGCAUCCGACGUACAAUACAGCCAAGUUGGUCCACCUCCUUGCCCAAGCGCAGCGCGUGGUAGCGUAG